UAGACCACAGGUAAUAGCACAAAGAGACAUCAGAAAUAUUUUUCCAGCUGGUUUACCUAAGGGUCCACAUGCUACUAGAUGGUUUGCACGUUUUAGUUGGACCGACACUACUAAACAUGUGUUGAAAGUGUUUAGGGAUGCACUUGAUUCCAUGACGGAGGAUCAGUUUAUUUGGGAACCAUAUUCUGAUGAGUUAAUUGAGAGUCUUCCUGACUAUUGUCGCAUUGGACGAGAUAUAUGGCGUGUUAGAGCUCCAAUUUUUUGUUGGGAUGUCGUCGAGGUUCACUUGCCUGACCGAGUUAUGAGGCAAUUUGGGUUGAAACAGAUGAUACCAACUCCAUUUUUAUUUGAUUCGACACAUUUUCACCAUGAUCGUCGGGGAAGACCAAAUACAAAUUGGGAGUUGGAGCAUGCACAAUGGUUGCCUUUUUGGAACCAACGACUUCAAUAUAUUUGUGAAGCACCAAUCAAUCGUGAACCACUUCGAUAUGACGACCCCUACCUUAUUUGGUUUAGACGCAUUACUCGUCUUGUUAUUGGGAUUAUGCUUUCAAAACCAGGAGAAAUGACCUCAAGACCAAUUGGCCAUCAAAAUCAGGAGAAAAAAAUUGCAGCUUUGUUUGAGAGCUACAAAGUGGUCGUUGGACGUAUAUUGUAAUUACGUUGUGAUUCCUUCAAAUUGUAGUUCUUUUGCAUUUUGUGUCAAUAUCUCGGUUAUAAUAAAGGAAUUCACUGUGAUUAUU